GCGGGGACGCGAGAGGUUAGAAACGACAAUGGGAGAAGUUUGUGAAGCGCAGAAGUCCGGGACUUGGCUUUUUGUGAUUUGGCAAGUCUGCAACGUUUGCAUGUCUUUAUUCUUCGCUCUUGCCACGUAUGUACAGAUCAAUGAUCCAGACGCGGGGUUGUGGAUGGUUGGUUACGGUGUUCCCGCAGCCCUGUGUGCAUUUAUUGGCUUUAAACCCCAUGUGACAGAGACUUUGCCCUGGAGGCGCGUCGCUGAUCUCCAUGUGAUGAUAUCCAGUGCCGUCACUGCCAUGUUAGGAUGGACGCUUUAUAAACAGAGGGUCACACAGAUCUUCCAGCAGGAGGAGGGAAGAGAAUUUUCUGGCCUCAUGCUGACGGUUGUUUGGCUUCUCCUGUGUCGUCACUCUGGAAGGGCUCCAGUCGGGAUGCUCAGAGUCUUUACAGCUGCUGCCAUCACAGUGUUUCCCAUCGUGGCCUGGCUUUACUACUACAUCAAUAAGGAGCUGAGAUCAAACUGGCCUUCACAUUGUAAAACUGCUAUUUAGACAAAACGCUUUGCCUGUUGUUUAGGUGAUUAAGUGUUAAUUUUUGUGACAUUAUGACUGAAUAUCCUGGACCAAGAAUGCUGCUUCUAUCAUUCACUAUAUACGAACAUAUGGCAGCCGAGCUGCAUUGAAAAGUGUUAUUUCCCAAAAAAGUACUUUUUAUCUAAUGUUUACCUGCAAUCUCAAUCGCAUCAAUAGUACAAACUCUCUUUCUCUUUAAAGUUCAAUUUAAAGCAUAAUUCUGGACUGAUGAAGAUAAAUAGAUGUUAAUAGAUGUUGAUUUUUACAUUAACGCAGAUAUUUUUCUUUCAGAUGAAGUGCACUGUGUAAAUAAUAUAGAAUGUAAUAAUGAAAAAGUGAAUAAAGUUGGCCUUAAAUCCAAAGUUUCAGCCACCAGGAGGCAGCAGAGAGCAGAGGCACUGACAGGACCGUAGAAGAAGAUAUACGUCAUUUCCUGUGUUCAAAAACACCUGCCUGAGCACCGAUCUGAGAGCAGUCUUUUCAUUUUUGAAUGGACCAUGUUGGCCUAUGCUGAAUAUGAAGAACUGACUUGAGAACA